AUGUUCUCCAUCGGCCGUCUCCUCGUUCUCGCCCUCCUCGGCGUUUCUCUCUCGGUCAACGCCAUCCCCGUCCCCAGAGCGUCCACGGACGUCAGCGUGCCGGAGGCGCUCACGCGAUCAAUGCAGCACGCGAAGCGGCAGGACGCUGUUGAUGCGGUCCCCAUCGACGGCACGUUCGAGGACGCCGACGGCACCGAUGUCCAGAUCGUCAGCCCGGACGACCUUGAGAGCGUCGACGCGACAGAGGUCGAGUUUGUCGACGAGGACGACGAGGACGAAGACGUUCAGUUCAUCGACGCGGACGACCUUGUGGCCGCGAAGCGGCAGGACGUCGUCGACGCGGUCCCCAUCGACGGCACGUCUGAGGACGCCGAUGGUACCGACGUCCAGAUGAUCAACCCGGACGACCUUGAGGUUGUCGACGCGGAGGAGGUUGAGGACGACGAGGACGAUGAGGAUGAUGAGGACGACGAGGACGUUCAGUUCAUCGACCCGGAGGACCUUGUGGCCACCAAGAGGCAGGACGUUGUUGAUGCGGUUCCCGUCGACGGUACGUUCGAGGACGCCGACGGCACCGACGUUCAGGUCAUCAACCCGGACGACCUUGAGGUCGUCGACGCGGAGGAAGUUGAGUCUGUAGAAGGGGAGGACGACGACGUUCAGUUCAUCGACGCUGACGACCUUGAGGAGGUCGACGCGUAA